AUUUCAUUUUUUACGCCAUUAAAAUUUUUUUCCCAAAAAUUAAUUAGAAUUAUUUAAAAAAAAUAAAAAGAAAUAUGUUAAAAAUAUAGCAAAAACUAUUGUGUUUAAAAUUAAAUAGAAAUAUUUGCAUCGGCAGUGUAAAAAAGUAAUAUAUUUUUUGAUGGAAAAAAAUAUGUUGCUGCUUCCAUUUGAUGAGAAUUUCAGCAUAGAGCAGCCAUUUAUCAACUAAAGCAAAAAAAAAAAAGUUAAAAAAAAAGAGUUGGUUUUGUUUUAGCUAAACAUUUAAAAAAAAAAAGAAAGGUUUUCCAUGAAAAUUUUUAACAAAAUCAAAUAUCAGCUUGGAAAUCCUUGUUUUUUUUUGUUUUUUUGAAGAAACGAAAGUGAGAAGUCUAAAAAGCCGAAUGAAAGAAUUUAAAAAAAAUCGAGCUAAGAAUUGUAUAGAAAAACAGCAAAACUACAAAAAAAAAUAUUAUAAAUUGAAAGUUUUCUUUUAAUAUUUCAUCGAUUUUGUACUACACUGCUAGAAUUGAGGAAAACAAGAAAAGUUUUGGAAGUUCGAUAACUUGUUAAUUUCUUUGAUAUUUACCUCGAAAAUAUAAAUAGAAAUUUAUCAAUAAAAAUGGUUUCAACAAGGCAAAUGAGCACAACUCUUGCAGCACCAACAACAGGUCCAUCAAAUGAUGAAGUUAUUAAUUAUAGUAUACAAACCACAGCAACAACAUCAACCACAACAACAGCUCGAUAUACUUCGGUGAUUAGUACAAGGCAUUCCAACAGCCAAUCAUUUUCGCCAUCCACUACAUCUGCGUCACCAAUCUUUUUACUUGACUUACCAAUUGAGAUUCUUGAUAAAAUAUUUUCAUAUGUUGGAUAUAAAAAACUUGGGCAAUUACGUGUGGUUUCAAAGCAAAUGAAUCAAAUUGGAGGAACAAUUUUAAACUCAACAUUUCAAAAAUUGCAAACUCAAAUGUUGAAUCGCUUUCAAACAGUUAAAGCAAAAAUGCCUAGACGUGAAUCAGCUCGACGUAAUCAUCCAUUAGCAUGUGAAUGCGAUAUUAUUGAAACAUGCCAUAUGAGGCUAUCAUUAUUGCAAAUGACAUUUGGUAAACAUAUCGAGCGUAAACAUUGCUGUUUUUUUCCGGGAGGCAUUUUGGAUGAAGUGUAUAAUGUGUUAAAUUAUAUACGCACUACACCCAAAUUGGAAAGACCGUAUAGGGUUACAGAUGAAUUAUUUGAUCUUUCAACUAUGGCUAUGGAAUAUUUUAAAGAACAUAUUGAGCCCAAUUUACCUGAAAUUGCUUACUUUAAUAAGGACUUUUUUGGUUCCUCGAGUAAAUGUAAACAGACAUAUUCGUUGAAAGCUAUUUCUGACAUAUCUGAAAGUUGUUCUUCUUCAUCUUCUCCACCACAAAGUAACAUGGUAUUAAGAAAGGGUAUUCGCAAAAUUAAGCAAGGCAUGAAAAUGUAUAACAAUCAGUUGACAGUUUUAAGAAGUGAAUUAAGAAAUUGUAAAAGAAAAUCUUCUGAGCAAGGGAAACAAAUAGCUGAACAGCAAAAACUACUAGCUGAUCAACAGAAACAAACAUUGGAAUAUGCAAAUCGUUUAGAUGAAAAUGACAAGAAAAAUGAAGAAAUGUCAAGGAAAUUUUCAACCUUACUUCAAGAACUUAAUAAAUGUAAAACUGAAUUACAAUAUUGGCGUUCAAAAUCACCAGCAAUUCAAGUAUGUAAUUCUUGUGGACACAAAAUUACCCCGGUUAUAGCGCCAGAUGAUUUUCAAGCAUUGAUUAACCAAGGUGUUAAACCUGAGGAUAUAAUUAGUAUAGAUGAUGUCGAAGACAGUGACACUAGCAGUAAUAAUGCUUUGUGCGAUUCAGAUUUGGAUACUUCAACCGGAACUCCAACAAACGCAGAAACAGUACAACAACAUAACAGCACAGAAGGUGUUGCAUCAUCAAAUAAUAUGACAUCAAAUCAAUCAACAAAUGUAUUCGUUUUUCCUGAUGAAACGACAACAGCCAAAUUACUAGCUGUAAAUUCUAUUAAAAAUUUAAAACGUAAUUAUGAUGGAACAUCAGUUGUUAGUCUCACAUCGUCAGCUCCGCCAUCCACUUCAACAGUUACAACAAUAUCAAAUAAUGCUUUUAAUCAAUUAAAUUCUAAAGGAUGCUUAAAAGAGUCAUCUAAUUUUAGUAAUAGUACUAGUAAUAAUUCUAAUAGUAAUAAUUUAGCACAAACAAGUUUUAUGGAAUCAAUUGAAAAUUAUAGCAAUUCACAACUUCAUCAUCGUUAUCAUUAUCAUCAUCACCAUCAGCAACAUUCAGAGCAGCAAAAGUCGCAACAGAAACAACAAAAUCAACAAUUGCAACGACAAUGCUCCCAACCUCAACAACAACAACAAUCAUCACAAAAAACGCAACAUCCCCAACAAAAUCAAUUUAAUCAAAAACAUAAUAGUGAUGAAUCAUCAGCCUUUUGCAGUAUUGAUACCAAUGCUAACAAACUCUCCACGGCCAGUAUUGGUACUGAAACUGCAAUUUCGUCUAAAUCAGCAAUAACUUCAACUGUUACAAAUGUUGAGCAAUUGAUCUCUGCUGGAAGUGCGAACGUUAAAAAUUCGUUAAAAUCGAUUCCAACUAUAAAUCCAUCCACAUUUUAUCCCUCCUCAAUUUCGGCAUUUAAUGAGUCGACUCUGGCUACAGAAUUACAAAACUCUUCUGCAAAUAGUGUAUGUAGUCCCAAUUCUGGUAGUAAUAUCACACAAGUUAUCACAAAUGCUGAAACAAUUUCUGCAGGGCAGGAGAAUAAGAAGAGACGUGUACAAAAGAGCGGAAAAAGGAAAAUAUAAAUUAAAAUUGAAUUUAUGGAGAAUGAAAAUAUAAUAUAAAGAAGAAAUUUUUCCGGUCUCCGCAAAUAUUUAGAAAGUGAAAAUAUUUCAAAUAUAAAAAUUGACAAAUUAAGUUUUAUUAGUAUUUAGACAUAAAACAAAUUUGCUUAAAAAAUUAUAAGUGUAUCACAUAUCAGCAAUAUUUUAACUUACAACACCAUAUGUAACUUAUAAUUUCUUCAGAUUACGUGGGUAUCCCCUUUUGUGAAAAUAAGAAUUUUGAAUUUUUAAAAAAUAUUUGGGUGCACAACCAUACAUAUAUAAAUAUAAACGUAUAUCUAUAUAUCUAUAUAUAUGCAUAAAUAUAUAUAUGUAUAUGUGUAUGCAUACAUAAAGUGUAGAUACGAAAUAUUUAACCCAACAUCUAUUUUAUUAUAUAAUUUCAAAUAAAAAACAGUGAAUUAUGCACUUCAUAAUCUUGUAAAAUGAAGUGAAACUUGAAAUACAAUUUUUUAUCUAUUUUAAUUUCGGAAAUGAAAAGAAAAUUUCUGCAUAAAAAAACUCUACUUUUAUGAAUAUUACACUUAAGUGUCACAAAAUAAAUUGGAAAAAUGUAUUUUGAAAUUAUAUGACAGAUUUUGUACCGGCUUCAGAUUUCUGUUAUUCAAUUUCUUUUUUGGAGUUUUUUUUUUAUAAUGAGUUAAAUUUGAGUAAAAUUUUGCAACCUCUAUAAAAAUAAUAUUGUUUUUACUAAUAAAGCAUUAAUUUGUCAUUUAUUUUCUACCACCAGCACUUAUUUAUGUAUUACACAUCUAUAUGUAAAUUUUAGAUAUUUUAAAUAUAAAAAGAAUUGUAGCGAGAUAUUUAAGGAACAUUUAAAAAAUACUUAUUUUGAUGAUAAAAAGAAAAGUACACCACAGCAAUUAUAUAUGUUUUACAUUUGAAAAUGUUUUUUCUUUAUUAAAGACCCUUCAAGUUGCUUGUUUUCUUUUUGUUUGUAAUUUUUAAUCUUAAAAGUUAAAUAAACUCAAUUUCUCAAUAAUAUUAUCUAAAUUUAAUGUUAUUGGAAAUAAAUUUGCAAAUUAUUAACUUAUGUUUAAACAUUAAACAUAAACAAUUUAUAAACGUACAUUUCAUGUGAAAUUUUUGAAAAGGUAAGAUCCUAAGCCGUGAUCAUUUGGGAAGAAUUGAAUUCAUUUGAAUAGAGUUUUUAAUUGCUGAUAAAGGAGUUAAGAUUUUAUUAAUAAUGUUACUUUGUCUUGAUUUUAACAAAGGAAUUUCAAUUUUGAGAACAUGUUAUAGUAUACAUUAUUAAGAAUAAGUGUUUUUGUACAGAAAAGUAAUUUGUUUUUGAUCUUCGGUUUUUAACGAGUCUCCCCUUACUAGUUAUUAUUUAAAUGCUUUAGUUUUUAAGUUUAAUCCAAGUGCAAAUAGUUGGUGAUUUAAAAAUUAAUUAAUAUACAUGUGCAGGAGAUUCUUAUACAUGUACAUCGAUUUUCAUAAAUUUUGAUUUUGUAUUUACAAUUAGAAGCUCGUAGUAAUUUUAAAAAAUAAAACAAAAUAUGAUUGAUUUUCAUAUAAGCAAGAAAUUUUUUUGUAUCUUUUUUAGAUUUAUAAUAAAAAAAUAUCAAUUUAAUCUUUUUCUUUAUUUUAAAACUAGUAUUUAGUUCAAUUAAAAUGUAGAUAUGUUUGUUAUUUGUGUUGAUAUAAGAUAUUUAAAUUUAUACAUUAAGAGUCAAAUUAUAAAAACAAGCAAACAUUAAUAUUAUAAUUAAAAUUACAAUAAAAACAAUGUAUGUAUUAAAAUAUUAUUUCUUAUUUUUUUUAAAGUGAAAACUAACAAAUAUUAAAUUUUUUUAAAAUAUUUUAUUUUUCAUUUUUAAUAAUUUAAGUUGCUUAGAACGCGUUUGAUUUUUCUAAUUUUAUAGUAAUCUUAUUAAUUGAUUUGUUUUGCUUUCUUUGAGUUUUCAUAACUUUUGUAGAACUCUAAUUGAAAAUGCUUUUCCAGAUUCGAAAUUAUUUUGCAAGAGACUAUCACAUGCGAAAGAAUUUUCUAAAAAAGAAAAUUAUUAAAAUUGUUUUUUUUUUUUUAUAAUAUUUAAUCAAAAAGUUUAAAAUUUAAUUUUAUUUAAGAAAUUAGCAACAAAAAAAAUAAAUUCGUUUUAUAAUUUUAUGUUUAACAUUAGAGGCGAAUUAAAAGUGGAAGAAUUAAUAAAAAAAAAAAAUAAAAUAAAAUUAUCAAAUUUGGGAUCUGUGCCUUCGGAUGAGUUACAAUUUUAUGUAAUUGGAACUUGUGAUACCUAAAAUAGAAUUUUGUUAUCGUGGAGGAUUUGAAAGCUGACAAAACUUAAAAAAGGAAUAUUUUAAUUUUUUGUUUUGAUUACCUUGAAAUUUUCAAUAUGUAUAUCAUUUAUUACAGAUUCCCUUAAAUUCAAUCUUUUUUCACUUAUUUUCUCUUGGUUAAGUUUUAUUUUAUAUUGAAAUAAUGAAUUUAAGAAAUGACGGAAUUCUAUUUACAAAAAUUUUUGCAAUAUAAGUUAUUUAAUAAGUAUUUUGAAAAAAAAAACAAUCUUGUGGAUAGUAUUGAAAGCAUUGAUAUGUUUUGUAAAAUUUCAUUUGCGAGCUUAGAAUAUUGUUAAAUACUAAUAUCUUUAUAAGAUCUCAUGAUAAAUAAGCAAAAUGAUUGAACAAAAUUUUAUAGCAAUUAUUUUAAAAAAUAUAUAUUUAACAAAUAUCUAUUCUUGAGUAUCAUUUUUCAAUAUUUUAUGAAUUUAUAUUAAAUAAUUUUUAUGUAAAAUUUUUAUAAUUUAUGUAAUAAAUAAACUUUAAGCUACAAUAUGUUAAAUAAAUAUAAAGAGAAAAAAAUUUAAAAAAUAUGCUAUUAUUUUUUUUUAAACAGGUAAAAGAGGGAGGCAAAAAAAAUUGAUUUGUUUUAAUUUUGACUAAAUAUUUACAAAUUUUAUUUAUUCAAAGAUAUUAACAGAAUCUAACUUACAAAAGUUUUUAAAAUUUACCUUCAAAAAUGUAUAUUUCAAAAUAAAAUAUAAUAUAGAAAAAAGUACUUGUAU